AUGCCCUAGAAUUAAAGAAAGAGAAGAUAGCUAAAUAUUUAAAAGCCUUUGACAUCUAGCAAUUUAAACAAUCCUAGGAAAUACAGAAUUCAAAGUCAUGAUGCUACAGGAUAUUAAAUGAGCAAUCAGGUCAUUAGCACUUAAUCAAGAUCAGACUAUUCUCAGACUAAAUAUGCAAAUUUCUAAAUCUCUAGUUCAAUGAAAGAAGGGUCAGGGGAAAAUUAUCUAGUUCUUCAAUAGAAGAAGUUAUAGCCAUUUUCAAGAUAUUAAUACAAUCAGCUAGGAGAGCUGAAAUUAUCUCCAGAUGUGAAUUAAUUUGGUUCUCCGACUAAUCAAAUGCAAAGAUGGGCUUUUUUAGGCUCUAGAAACUAGAAUAUCGGUCAGAAUGUCAUUAUCUAAAGUGAUAAUAUCCUCCUUAGUUUAAAGGAUCGGCAGCUAAGUAAACUCAUUUCAUAUGAUUAAAGAAGAAUAAGAAAGCAAACCUAAAAUAUAAACAUAGUCAAGAUUUCAAACAGUUUGGAGAAUAACCCCAAUACAAUACAAGAGCAAUAGCAGUUCCAAUAUUUGUAAUAGAACUAAAAUCAAUCAAUAUAAUAGGAGUAAAUUUAAAAUCAAGUGAUUUAAAAUUAAUAAGAUUUGGAAUUAGAGCUGCUAAAAAAAUAAUAAAUCCUUCCUUAACCCUCAUUUUAAGAUUAUAAACUAAACUCCUAAAGAUAAAAUAAAUCAAGCUAACUUUCGAAUUACAUGCGCAUGUCGCUUGGUGGUCCUUUUGGAGCUAAUAACUUAAAAACCUAUAAAAAUUCAAUUAGAGAAAUUCAAUCGACAUUUGAUAAUUCUGAUAACAAUCAUUAAAAUUAGGAUUUAAUGGUAAAUAAAAGAUAGAAUUAAAAUGGUUUCAGGUAAAUUUAAGUUCUACUUGAUUUGCCAGCAAAUUCAAGUAACAUUCCGAAAUAGUUUAUAUAGAUACCUGUCUACUCAGAAAAUUAGCCCUAAGAAAUUCUUGAAAAACAUCACUAGCAGUUUUUACAGGAAUGUACAACAUAGUUCAAUUAAAAGAACGAUCUUAAACAUUUAUUUCUCAUUGAUGGGACACCAGUACAUAAUUUAAGCCAAAUACCUUAAGAUUAAUUUUGUGUUAAGGUCUCUCAUAUUCCAAUAUUGAAGCACAGACAGAGUCAAAAUAGAUCAUUUGAUAUAUCUACUUUGCAAACUACAAAAUCUCAUGAUGUGAAUCCAUUUAAUCUAAACAGAACCUAUGCUGUGCACGAUAUUUCUUAAAAUUACAUGAUAAAUAAAGAUGGCCUAAAUAGGAUAUCCAUAUAAAAAGUGGAGUUAGAAAAGGAACUCAGCAAGUAUGGAUAGGACUUGCUCAAAGAUAAGCAGUUCUAUAAGGAUUUAUCUGAUGAGACUCAUAUUAGACUCUCGAAAGUCUUUAACAAUAAUACAUACCUGAUGGAUAGCUAGGUUAAGCUUAGGGAUGCAGGCUCAGAUGUGGAUUUGCAAAAUAGUGAAAGGAAAAAUUAUGGAAAAUUAUAGGAACUUAAGAGAAGUCUUCAUGAGAUGGAUAUUGCAAAGAAAUCAGUUCAAUACUAGACAUUUGAGCUCGAAAGGUAGGAACAAAAUUAUAAUUUCUCUAAUAAGAAGUCUUAGAAGUAUGAUCAUAGCAAAAUAUCCAGGAGCAACAAUUUGUCCAGUCACAUGCAAGAAACACUUGAAUCAGGAAUUGAAAAGGCGAGACAAAGGAUAAGGGAAAUAUCUAUUGAAGAGAUAAAUGAUGAUAGUGAGAAAAUUUCACCAGUUGGUAGGAGAACUUAUACAUCUAAAGGGCUAGUCAAUAGACUGGAAACAAAUUAUCAGGAGAUAAUCAAUCAAGAGUAAAGCAAGAGUCUUCUCAUUUCUAUUGAUAAAAACAACAGCUUAUAGAUUGAUACUAACAUUAAUAAAACUAGAAAUGUGGAGUUUAAAGAAAAUACCUAUACAAAAUAAAGUUCAGAGAACCAUUUAAAGAUUUAAGAAUCUAAGGAAUCAUUGCGAUCAUCAAAUUUGAGCAAAUCCAGUAGCAGUAGACUCAGACGACCUUCAUAAAUGGAAAAAUUGAGUGCGUUAAACAACUAAUUCGACCUUGCUUAGAAGAUAAAAUUGAAUGCUAUUGAGAGAUAGAAAGAUAGAAUAAAUGAAUAAUAGGACGAGUCACCUGACCAAAGAAGAAUAACCAAAACCAAGCUAGAGAAAUAUGCUGAGGUCAUUUAAAAAAUUUUUGAUGAGUAGAAAAUUGCUAAGUAGCUGUAGUAAAAGUUGAAUAAGCAAAUCAAGUAAAAACUUAUUGAACAAUCCAAGUCAUUUGUGAAAAAUAGAGGCAGAUCAGACUCAAAUAGCGGAUAAAAUGACUCUAUUUUAUAACUGAGAAAAUCUAUAUCAAAAGAUCAAAAGAAAUAAAUGGCUGAUCUUCUAGGAUAAAAACUGAAGGAAGACAUAUUAGAGAAAUAGUUCUCUUAAUUAACUUUUAAUAACUAGAAAUCUAUGCCAGCAUCAACUCUAAACAAUACUAGAUUUGCAAAUGUCUAGAAUAGAGUAAGUUUUAUUGGUAAGAGCAGAGGCUCAUAAAGAAAUAAUACUUUUCAUUACAUUCCAACUGACGAAGAUUUAAACUUAGAUUAGAUUAAUCAAGACUCACAGGUAAUUCACACUUAGGAAUAUGAAUUUGAGACUCAAAACUCAAUGAACUCUACCCUUAAUAAAAUUGCAUUAAGGUACCCUUCAAUGACAAAGACUAGAAUCACUAAAAAGGAAGUUUAAGACUACAUGAAAGGAAAGCAAGAUUUCAAGAGACACAGAAUUCUGCAGAGUCAUCGAGGUAGCUCACAGAAAAGACAGAAUACCACAUUUAUAGAUAAAAAUAUAAAGAUGGUACAGGAGAAUCAUCCAGUUAAGUCUGUGGAUGGAAAAUUCUCUCAUCUUGUUGGAAUGAAUAUUCCUAAAAUUUAGCUUGAAUGCUCGUUCAGCAGAAAGGAAUUGUAUAACGUUUACACUAAAUUCAAGGCUCUAUCAAAAAUAUCUCUAACUACUUUUCCUGACAAAAUGAAAGAUGUGGGAGUAGAGAGAUCUAUAUUUAUGAAUGGCUUAAAAUAGCUGUCAUUGGAUAAUACUGAUUUCUUGGAAAAAAUAUUCACAUCUGUGGACAGGGAAAAGAAAGGCUACCUAAAUUGGGAUGAAUUCUUUUCAGCCUUAAAACUUAUAAGUUCCUCUGAUCUCAAGGACAAGAUUGAGUUAUUCUUUUAGAUAGUUGAUAGUGAUGGGAAUGGGAUGUUCAGCUUUGAUGAAAUCAAAGGAAUAUGCCAAUUAUCAAUGUCAAAGAUAAAAGUAUUAGAAGAUGAGAACAAGUAUGAUUAAUUUAGAGAUGAUACAGCAGAAUUCUAUGCUAAGUAUAUUUUUAAGCUCUUAGGCCGGAAUUUAGAUGAGGAAAUUCCUAUAGAUGAUUUUAAGCAGGCAAUAUUCCACGGGAAUAAAGAGUAAAUGGAGGUUCUUACAAUGUUUUGCAUGGCUGAUGUACAGAUGCAAGACAUGUUUAAUAAUUAGAACAAGUAUGAGAAUAUUGAUUUAAGUCCUAAUGCUAAGAGAAGAAAAAUGAUAUAAAACCCAUUUGAGUGA